AUGGAGCCUUCUGAGAGUUUCGUGGGAUCAAUCGAUCAAGGCACCACAAGCACCAGAUUUCUUAUCUUCAAUCGCGACGGCGAGCCUGUGGCCUCACAUCAGGUGGAGUUCAGCCAAAUAUACCCUCAUCCAGGUUGGCACGAGCACGACCCGCUAGAGCUUGUCAACUCUGUAAAAACUUGCAUUGAUGAAGCUAUACGCGCAUUCGAGGCCAGCGGAUACUCCCGCCGUAAUAUCCAGUGCGUCGGCAUCACGAACCAGCGCGAAACCACCGUCGUCUGGGAUCACGAGACGGGAGAGCCCCUGCACAAUGCCAUUGUCUGGACCGACACUCGCUCACAGGGCAUUGUGAAUGAGCUCAAGCAGCGCCCAGGGGCGGCACAGCUCCAGGGCCGCUGUGGCCUGCCGCUGUCCACCUACUCAUCUGCCACUAAGCUCCUGUGGAUGCUGGCGCACGUCCCGCGAGUCAAGGAGGCGUUCGACCGCGGUACCCUGGCAUUUGGCACCGUUGAUGCUUGGCUUGUCUACCGUUUGAACGGCGUCCAGGCGAACGUCUUUGUCUCGGAUUCGACAAAUUCAUCUCGCACCAUGUUCGUCAAUCUCGAGACGUUACAGUACGACGACACGCUGCUGGACUUCUUUGGCAUCCGGGGCAAGAUUCAUCUCCCCAAAAUUGUGCCCUCGUCGGACCCGCGAGCGUACGGGGCGAUUGCAUCGGGGGCACUGGAAAGUGUCCCGAUCAUGGGAUGCCUUGGGGACCAGUCGUCGGCGCUGGUUGGGCAGAAGGGAUUCUCGCCGGGCAUGGCUAAGAACACCUACGGGACCGGGUGCUUCUUACUGUAUAAUGUUGGGGAUAAGCCUGUCUUCUCGAAGCAUGGGCUGCUGGCCACGGUAGCCUAUGACUUUGGAGGAAAGCCCGUCUAUGCUUUGGAAGGAAGUAUUGCGGUAGCCGGAUCCGGCAUCAAGUUCUUGCAAAAUAAUUUGACCUUCUUCCAAGAGGCGAAGGAAGUGAAUGACCUUGCCCUGACCGUAGAGGAUAAUGGCGGCUGCGUAUUUGUCACUGCAUUCAGCGGACUUUUUGCUCCGUACUGGAUCGAUGAUGCGAAGGGAACAAUCUUUGGGAUCACCCAGUAUACACAGAAAGGCCACAUCGCCCGAGCCACUUUAGAAGCGACCUGCUUCCAAACCAAAGCGAUCCUGAAGGCGAUGGAGAAGGACAGUGGCAAAGCCCUUUCAGAACUAGCGGUUGAUGGAGGAAUGAGCAACUCGGAUUUGGCCAUGCAGACUCAGGCAGAUCUUAUCUCCAUUCCCGUCUACCGACCCAAGAUGCGGGAAACUACUGCUCUCGGCGCUGCAAUUGCCGCGGGUCUUGCGGUGGGCAUGUGGCGCAACUUCGCCGAGCUCCGGGAUAUCAACCGUGCUGGCGGCGCAGUGUUCGAACCGUCUGUCACGCGCGAAGAGAGUGCGACCAAAUUCAAUGAAUGGGAAAAGGCCGUGCAGAUGAGUAAGGGUUGGGUUAGCUCCGACGAGUCCCAGGACGCCGAAAGCAAGACUGAGACUCCCGAGCCCAAGAUAAAUGGGGCGCUUGAUGAGUCGGCUCAUAACCUGGAGGUAUCGACUCCGAAGCCUACUUCGAAGUCAACACACUCGUAUCCAGUCGCGGAGUAUGUUCCCGCGGGUGGAUUUGGAGCCGCUCUGAAGGUGAAGAUGCGCACGCCAAGUGUGGAUGUAGAUUUCUCGCCGGCCAAAACAUCUUUGAUUAGUAUAUCUGGAGAUCUGGACGAGGCUGAUGAGGAGGAUUUAUUCUUGGAGCUGAGGAAAAUUGAGAUCCUGCAGAAGCUUAAGCAACUACGAAAGCUGAAGCCAAGCUAUUAUUGA